UAUGGUAAAACUUGAUUAUAAAUUGUAAUUAACAUUUAAUUCGUAUAAUAUUUUAUAAUUUAGUAAAAACAAUAACAAUAAUACCGAUGUCUUUAGUAAUUGACAUUCAAUACAUGCCAUAUGUAUUGGCCGCCAUUGUGGUCAUUUUGAUCACGUUUAAAUCAUGGAAAUGGAAGCGUUCACUAAAUUACUGGAGAGACCGUAAUGUCUCGGGUCCGACACCCGUACUAUACUUUGGCAAUACAUUGACCGCACUAUUCAAACCAUUUGCUUAUACAGAGAUGGAGUGGUAUAGGAAAUACGGCCGAAUUUACGGGGUGUAUGGGUUGAAACGGCCGGCGCUAACUGUGGCCGAACCGGCGCUUAUCAAACAGAUUAUGGUAAAAGAGUUUCACAAAUUCCGUAACCGUAUGCCAGAGACCGACCCGAACGACAAGUUUCCGCGACAGAUGUUCAACGCCCGCGACGACCACUGGCGACGGCUGCGACUCAUUAUGGGUCCGGCGUUCACUUCGGGCAAACUGCGACGUCUGUACCCACUCGUCAGCGAGUGUUGCCAAGAGUUUAUGGCCACUUUGGACGGCAUAGUAUCGGCAGCUGCGGCCGACAGCGGCGGCCGGACACAGGCGGUGGUCGAUUUGCCGGCACUGAUGGCCAACUAUAGCGUCGAUGUGGUCGCCAGCGCGGCGUUCGCCACCAAAGCCCAUCCCUAUUCCCAUCCAAACCAUCCGUUUGUCGUUAAAGUGCGCGAAUUUAACGCGUUUAACCGCUUCCAGUCGUUGGCCACAAUGUGUUUGCCCGCACGCGUCACCCGUAGCCGUGUGUGGAAAGCGCUGACCUCCAGCGAUGGCCAAUCGCCGGAAGUGUAUUUCACUCGCGUCGUACAGCAUUUGAUGGCUGAGCGCAAAAAGUCUGACAAAAACCCCUUAGAUUUUUUGCAAUUACUGAUGGAUGCGGAAGAGGUGACCGAAAUCGUGGCCGACGCCAACGCUGGCCAAACGGGGAGCGGCGAUAUGGGGGCCGGCGGUCAGAGCCCGGGCGAGUUGGCGGCGACAGAGGGGCGCCGUUUUAUAGGUGUAUCGGCGAUGAAGUUGACGAAACAGGAGGUAAUCAAUCAGAGCAUCACGUUUUUCAUUGCCGGAUCAGCGUCGGCGGCCAAUAUGCUGGCCUACUGUGCCUACGAAAAAUUU